GUUGUGAUUUUGCAUAGUUUUAGCUUUGUUAUUUCAUAUAUAUUCAUGCAUUAACCUUACAUUUAUUUGCAUUUAGAGUCUAUUGCAUGUACAUUUGCAUCUUGUAGGUGUUGGAUGAAUUGUUUGGAGUUUUGGAGGUGAUUAGAGCACAAAAGGAGCUUUCGAGGAGUCUUGAACCGAACGUGUGAAAGACAAGCAUGGAUGAAGGUCUUAAAGAUAUCUUUUGAAACUUGUCUUUUGGGAAGACAUGGUAAAUUGAGUUAGCUUUACAAUGGAGGUGGUUUCAAGUCGUUUGGAGCUGUAUUGAGGGAUUUAUGAUCAAAAUACUACACACAUAUCAGUAUGACAUUCCUAGCGGCCACCCUAGCAACAUCAACAAUAGCCUUCGAAUUUUAAGCCUUUAGACUCAUUUUUAUUCACUUAAAACCUAUAAAACUCAUUACUAUUCAUUAUUCUUCUUAUUUUUGGUAUUCUAAAGGUGUGUGCAACAUGGAGAAAGUGGAGAAAACUUUAAUGAGUGAGUUUUAUCUCUUUAAAGCUUGCAACAUGGGGGAUGGGUUGUCUAUCAUGAGUUUGGUGGCUCUUUUGGCCUAACUUUCUCUACCUUUUCUGAAGAGGCAAGACUACUUUGGCCAUAUGAAGGGGCAAAAGGUGUUCUAUAAUGGAAGAAAGUGGAGAAUAACUUUUAUGAGUGUGUUUUAUGCUUUAUGCUUUCACAUGAUGGAUGUGUUGUCAUCCUCCUUUACUUAGGCUAUAAAAGAGACUGCAAGGGGAAGGAGGAAGACACAAUACACAGAGUACAAUACAACAAAGAGUAGAGAGUGAAAGUUUUAUAGUUUCAUAUUUUGUAUUUUGAGAGUUUGAGAGAAAACAUUUGUUCUUGGAGUGUUCUUGAAGUUUAUGUUAUAAAGUCUUGUUUUCCUUUAGCCAUUCUCUUCAUCUAAUUUCUGUUUCUUGUUUUCAUAUAUCAUAUCAUCUUGGUUAUGCUUCUAUCCAUCAUGGGAUUAAGUGUAAACAAGAUGAUUAGUGAGUAAUCACCCUUAGGAUCAAUGGGUUAGGUAGAUUAAUGGGUGAUUAGGGAAGAGUUAAGGUGUUCUAAUGGUUAAAUGCUUAGAUUUCUAUGCUUACUAAGUAUUCUUAAUGCUAGAUUAAUUUUGGCCAUUUUAAUCUAGAUUCUAAGUGUUUGUAGGGCAUCGAAAGUGUUUGCAUAAUGCUUGAAUGGACCUAGUAAAGCUCUAGCUUGAAUAACCAAGGAAUUGUUGUUAGGAUUGCUAGAUGGUUAGUAGACUAGAACUUAAUGUAUGUUUGAGUGAACAAAACGAACGGAAGUUGAUGUUUAGUUCAUAAUUGCAUAAGGGUUUCUACCACGGGAGUGGAUUAAUCUAAAUUGAAUGAAAUCUAGACCUAUAGAAAGUUAAGAUUAUUUGAAGUUAGACGCCUUGAUUUAGAACUAUCACCUUGAAAUCAAUUGCCUAAUACCCAUUGGUUCUUCUUUGUUAUAUUUGAAUUAAAACUCAAGUUAUUUCGCACUAUUACUUGUUACAAACAAACAUCAUUUGAUUGCACUUAGAUUGAGAUAAAUGGCUUGCAUUCUUAGUGCUUAGAAUCACUAGAGAUUGGAUUGACAUCUUAAGUACUACAACACUUAAGGAUUAAACUUAUCCUUUAUCAAGUUUUGGCGCCGUUGCCAUUCUCUAGAUUGAUUUUGACAUUAGGAUUUGGUCAUUACUUGAGACUAAGUCUUAUUUUUCAUUUUUAAGUUACUAAUUAUCUAUCUUCAUCUCUAUUUGGAUGACAGGUGCAUGAACUUGAGAAGCAAAGGAUCAACAAAUCUUGCACCAAGAGUGGACAACAUCAAAGCCUUAGAAAGAGAGUUGGGAAGACAGAGAAGAGAAAGAGAAAAGCAAGCCCACUUACAUAGAUUGGGGCUUGAGAUGGAGAGAAACCCGAAUCAACCGGAAGGUGUCUAUGAAGUUGAUGAUCAUAGACAAAAUGUCCAAGGAGUUCCUCCUGGAGCUGCUCAAGAGGAACAUGGCCAAGGAGCUGCAAACCUUAGGCCUCAAAAUCAACAACGCCUGGGAAGAUCCAUUGGCACUUAUGAUCAACCUAACAUAAAUGGGAAUAGGUUGGGCAUUAGGGCACCGCCAGUUGCCAACAACAAUUUCGAGAUCAAGUCAAGCCUCAUCAACAUGAUUGAAAACAACAAGUACCAUGGACUUGCCUUGGAAGACCCACUAGAUCACCUUGACAGAUUUGAUAAGUACUGUGGCUUGUCAAAAACAAAUGGAGUUUCAGAGGAUGCUUUCAAGCUCAGAUUGUUUCCCUUCUCUUUGGGAGACAAGGCUCACACUUGGGAGAAAAACAUCUCAAGUGAUACUAUCACCACUUGGGAUGAAUGCAAGAAGGCCUUCCUCAACAAGUUCUUCUCAGCUACAAGGACUGCCAACCUUAGAAAUCAGAUCUCUGGUUUUCAACAAAGAGGACUUGAAGGAUUUUUAGACGCAUGGGAGAGAUUCAGAAGCUACCUGUCUCAAUGUCCCCACCAUGGCUUCAACAAUGAGAGCUUGCUAAGCACUUUCUACAGAGGAGUCUUGCCUAAAUUCAAAAGCCAGCUUGACACUGCAAGCAAUGGAAACUUCUUGGGGAGGACUGUGGAAGAUGCUUUAGAACUCUUGGAGAACAUGACACAGAGUGACUCUGUCUACAAUGAUGAAUAUGAUAGAAGAGACAGAGGUGGUGGAGGAGAAGAUAUGACCACAAAGAGAGAGCUGAAAGCACUUCAAGACAAGAUUGACAUGCUACUAUCAGAAAAGACCAAGAAAGAGGAGUUACAUAUGGUUGCUGAAGUUGAUAGAGUAGAAUGCCAAGAAGAUAUGUACUAUGUCAAUGCUCAGGGUACAUGGUACAAGAAGGAGCCUGACUAUCAAUACCAGAACAACUACCAACAGAAACCCUUCUACAACAACCAACAGAAGCCAUUCAACAACUACCAGCCAAGACCAUUCUACAACAAUCAGCCUAAGCCAUUCUACAACAACAACCAAGGUGGUUACCAACCCAAACAGAACUUCCCUCCUGGAUUCUCACCAAAACCAAGUCAACCUGCACAAGACCAAGCUGGAUCAUCAACACAACCUCCACAAGAGAGUAGUACUGAAGCUAUGCUGAAACAAUUAUUGGAGGGACAAGCAAGAAGUGAGAAACAAUUAGGGUAUGAGCUGAAAAAUCUCCACAACAAGAUUGAUGGGAAUUACCAUGAUCUAAACAACAAGUUCAAAGCCUUGGAGAACCAGUUUGUCUCUAUGACAGCCAGCUCAAGUCGCCAACAAGGUUCCCUACCUGGAAAGCCUGAACAAAACCCAAAGGAGACAAUAAAGGCAAUCACCCUAAGGAGUGGAAGAGAGUUGCCUCCUAAAGUUCUCAUUAAGGAUAAUGAGAAACAAGGUGGGGAGGUGGUCAUCAAUGUAGAUGAUGAUGUGGUGAUUGUGGAUGAGAAGACUAAUGAGGAAAUCUUGGAGAAGAUAGUUGAAGCUAAGGGCAAGAGAAAGAUUGGAGAGGAGAAAGUUGAGAACAAAAAUGAGGCUGCUACAUCAACAAAGGAGAAAUUGUUCACUCCUCCUCCCUAUGAGCCAAAGCUUCCCUUUCCUGGAAGAUUCAAGAAGCAACUCCUAGAGAAGUACAAAGCCUUGUUUGACAAGCAAAUGAGUGAAGUUCAUCUCACCAUGCCCAUAAUUGAUGCAUUUAUGCUGGUUCCACAAUACAGCAAGUUCUUGAAAGAUGCUGUAGAACAAAAGAAGAAAGAGAUGGAAGGGAUGGUGAUUCUUACUCAUGAGUGCAGCGCCAUUAUUCAGAGACUGACUGUCCCAAGGAAGCUAGAAGACCCUGGUAGUUUCACCCUGCCAUGCGCCAUUGGACCUUUGACAUUUGAGAGAUGUCUAUGUGAUUUGGGAGCAAGUGUCAGCCUCAUGCCACUAUCCAUUGCCAAGAAGCUUGGGUUUACACAAUAUAAAAAGUGCAAGAUCUCUUUGGUGCUAGCUGAUCGAUCUGUCAAGCUCCCCAUUGGCAUCCUAGAAGAUCUUCCUGUCAAGAUAGGAAAUUGUGAAGUGCCUACUGACUUUGUAGUGCUUGAGAUGGAUGAAGAGCCUAGAGAUCCUUUGAUCUUUGGAAGACCUUUCUUGGCAACUGCUGGAGCAAUGGUGAAUGUGAGAGAUGGCACAAUUGAUCUCCACCUUGAAAAAGAUCACACUCUCCAUUUUGAUAUCAAGGAGAUGAUGAAGAAGCCCACAACUCAAGGAGAAAUAUUCUACAUUGAUGAGAUGGAUGCCUUGGCUGAUGAUUUCCUUGAGGAGUUAGCGAUUGAGGACUCUCUUCAACAUGCCCUGACCAUUGAAAGAGAGACCCAAAUGAUUGAAAACAAGGAGAGUGAUGAGCUAGUAAGAAGGCUAGAUGUUCACCUUGAGGAGGAUGGAGAAGAUGAGUUCAUGGAGUUGCCACAAGUGACUCAACAUGCUGCCUCAGCAGACAUUCAAGAGAACCUCCAUGAAGCUGAUUGGAGUGAGCUCAAGGCACCAAAAGUGGAGCUUAAACCUCUUCCCCAUGGUGUAAGGUAUGCUUUCCUUGGACCUAAUGAGACAUAUCCUGUCAUUGUGAGUAGUGAGCUGACUGAGAAUGAAUUGUCUAUGCUUUUAAAUGAACUUAAAAAGUAUAGAAAAGCACUAGGAUACUCACUUGAUGACAUUAAAGGAAUCUCACCAUCUUUGUGCAUGCAUAGGAUACAUCUAGAGGAUGAAUCUAAAACUUCAAUUGAACACCAAAGAAGAUUAAAUCCUAAUUUGAAAGAUGUUGUUAAAAAAGAGAUAAUCAAAUUGUUAGAUGCUGGUGUGAUCUAUCCUAUCUCUGAUAGCAAUUGGGUUUCACCUGUGCAUGUAGUUCCUAAAAAGGGUGGCAUAACAGUUGUUAAGAACGAAAAUGAUGAGUUAAUACCAACAAGAACAAUAACUGGACAUAGGAUGUGCAUUGACUAUCGAAAACUGAAUGCAGCCUCUAGAAAGGAUCAUUUCCCUUUACCAUUCAUUGAUCAGAUGUUAGAGAGGCUAGCUAACCAUCCCUAUUAUUGUUUCCUUGAUGGAUACUCUGGAUUUUUCCAAAUCCCUAUACACCCAAAUGACCAAGAGAAAACGACAUUCACUUGUCCUUAUGGUACCUUUGCAUAUCGAAGGAUGCCAUUUGGACUGUGCAAUGCACCAGCAACAUUCCAAAGAGCAAUGAUGUCGAUUUUCUCUGAUCUUAUUGAGGAUGUAAUGGAGGUGUUUAUGGAUGAUUUUUCUGGUAUUACAGAGAUGGAUUGUUCUUGGACACAAGUUUCUGAGAAAGGAAUUGAAGUGGACAAAGCCAAGAUAGAUGUCAUGGUUGGUCUAGCUCCACCAAGAACAGUGAAGGAUAUAAGAAGCUUCCUUGGCCAUGCUGGUUUCUACAGAAGGUUCAUCAAAGACUUCUCCAAAAUAGCUAGACCAUUGACCAAGCUGCUGUGCAAGGAGAUCAUCUUCAACUUUGAUGAAGAAUGCCUAGAAGCCUUUAAGAAGCUGAAGGAGGAGCUCACCAGUGCCCCAAUAGUUCAACCACCAGAUUGGAGUCUACCCUUCGAAAUCAUGUGCGACGCCAGUGACUAUGCUGUGGGGGCAGUCUUGGGGCAAAAGAAGGACAAGAAGACACAUGUGAUCUACUAUGCUAGUAGAACACUUGAUGAUGCCCAAAUGAAGUAUGCCACAACUGAGAAGGAGCUGUUGGCAAUUGUCUAUGCCUUCGAGAAGUUCAGGAGCUACCUGGUAGGGUCUAAGGUCAUUGUAUACACUGAUCAUGCUGCACUACGACAUCUACUAGCCAAGAAGGAUGCCAAGCCAAGGCUGCUCAGAUGGAUAUUAAUACUACAAGAGUUUGAUCUCGAAAUCAAGGACAAGCCAGGAGUGGAGAAUGGUGUAGCUGAUCACCUUUCAAGAUUAAGAGUGGAGUGUGGGAUUCCUAUUGAUGAGGGACUCCCUGAAGAGCAGAUUAUGGCUAUAGAAGCAAUGGUCACAGCUUGUGAGACUGGAAGGAAGAUUGAAGAAAUGAAGGCAAUUGAUGAAACAGGCCCAUGGUAUGCUGAUCUAGUGAACUACUUGGCAUGUGGAAGGGAACCAUUGAAUCUGACAGGCUAUGCAAGGAAGAAGUUCUUCAAGGAUGUGAAGAGAUACUACUGGGACGAGCCUUACCUCUACACUCUUUGCAAAGAUCAAAUCUAUAGAAGAGUAGUAGCUCAAGAGGAGGUGGAAGGAAUCCUCACACACUGCCAUGGAUCAGCCUAUGGAGGUCACUUUGCCACCUUCAAGACUGUCUCCAAGGUGCUACAAGCAGGAUUUUGGUGGCCCCAUAUGUUCAAAGACACACAAGAGUUUGUGUCAAGGUGUGACCCAUGCCAAAGGAGAGGGAACAUCACCAAGAGAAAUGAGAUGCCUCAAAAUCCUAUCUUGGAAGUGGAAGUGUUUGAUGUGUGGGGCAUUGACUUCAUGGGACCAUUCCCAUCUUCCUAUGGUAAUGAAUACAUUCUUGUUGCUGUGGAUUAUGUCUCCAAAUGGGUGGAAGCUAUAGCCAGCCCAACCAAUGAUGCUAAGGUUGUCCUCAAGAUGUUCAAGAGCAUUAUCUUCCCAAGGUUUGGAGUCCCAAGAGUUGUGAUCAGUGAUGGAGGCACCCACUUCAUCAACAAACUUUUUGAGAACCUUCUUAAGAAGAAUGGUGUCAAGCACAAGGUGGCAACUGCUUAUCAUCCCCAAACAAGUGGCCAAGUUGAGAUUUCCAACAGGGAGAUAAAGUCCAUUUUGGAGAAGACUGUGGGGACAACAAGGAAGGAUUGGUCUACAAAGCUUGAUGAUGCACUUUGGGCCUAUAGGACUGCUUUCAAGACACCCUUGGGAACCACUCCCUUCAAUCUUGUCUAUGGGAAAGCUUGCCAUCUGCCAGUGGAGCUUGAGUACAAGGCAUUAUGGGCUGUUAAGAUGCUGAACUUUGACAUCAAGAGUGCCAAAGAGAAAAGACUUUUCCAACUCCAUGAGCUUGAUGAGAUUCGACUUGAUGCUUUUGAGAACUCAAGGAUUUACAAAGAAAAGACCAAGGCAUUCCAUGACAAGAAGAUCCUGAAGAGGGAGUUCAACAUUGGAGAUCAAGUGUUGCUCUUCAACUCUCGAUUGAAGUUGUUCCCUGGAAAACUUAAGUCAAGAUGGUCCGGCCCUUUCAAGAUCAAAGAAGUGAGGCCAUAUGGAGCAAUUGUGCUUUGGAACAAGACCGGUGGGGACUUUACAGUGAAUGGGCAAAGAGUCAAGCUGUACAUGGCGGCCACACCUGAGAAGGAAGGAACCUUGGUUCCACUUACCGAUCCCAAACCAGCCUAAACCAAAAAGGGGUAGUCAAGCUAGAGACUUAAAACAAGCUCACUUGGGAGGAAGUCCCACAUCUAUCCCUAUAUAUAUUACUGUUUUACUUGUGUGGUUUUUCUUUUGUGUGUUUGAUAAGUGUGUUUAAAAUUUUCAGGUGAUUCUCCACUUAAUCAAAGAAGAAAGAUGGCCAUCCAGCAAACCUACAAGUGUUAAAAUUAUUCAACUCCAUCUAGCAACUCCAAGCUAAGUGUCUCUACAACCAUUGUAAAUAUAUAGUUUUCAUGUUUGUUUCUUCUAGACCUCUUCUUUCACCUUGCUCUCACACAAGAGACUGUGUGAAGUAAGUGUGGGGGGGGAGAGUCUACUUAUCUCACAUGUUUUCUGUUUUGUUUACUUGUCAUAAGCAUUGCAUAUCCAUUUGCAUAGAAAAUCCAUAAAAAUUUGCAAAAUUCCAAAAAUUACAAAAAAAAAAACAUUUAGUUAUAUCAUUUGCAUCUUUAGGUUUGAGUCUAGAUCAUAUAGAAUGCAUAGGUAAAAUCCCUACAAAGGACUCAUGCAAUGAACUCAUUGUUGAUACCCUUUUGAAUCAUAAUAAGUAGCUUGAGCUUCUUCUGAAUUUCUUGUAGACUUCGAGCCUUGAAAACUCCUCUUAAGACUCAUUGAAUCUUACUCUUUGAAACCAACUCCGAUCUUAGUUGACUUAAAUGAACUUAAUGCUUCUUGCUUAUGGUCUCUUGAGUACUAAAUCAUGGCUUUACACACACUUGAGCUUGUAUAAACCGUUUUACCAAUCUUUUUGACAACUCAAGUGGUAGUCCAUACCCUAAACCCUUCCCUUCUUUCAAACCAUCAUUAAUUGUUGAGUGAGGUCUUUUUGUGAAAGCUUGUCAUGUGCAAAAUCUUGAAAGUAUUAGGAGCGACAUUGAUUUGUUCUCAUCUCUUGCUAGCAUUAGGACCUCUUUUGGGCUAGCAUCUAGGAUGGUGGUUGGAAUGAUGUGCUUUAAUUAUUUUGAUCUUGGGGAUUGAAUUGGGAAA